AGACAAAUCAAAAUUUUAUGACAAGUGUAUAUUGAAUUGUUACGUUUUUAAAUUUAUUUAUUCUCCAUUUAUUACAUUUCCAUACAAUUUUAAUGGAUAAUUAAAGGGAAUAAAAAUCUAGACGCUGAUUAUACAACGAAUCUGUCAUGGGUACUUUUAGAAUAAUUGCAUCUGUACAGAACGGAGCUUAAAUGGAUUAUAAAUAAUCAAUAGAAAUGACUGUACACAGUAACCGAUCACCGUCACAGGAGGAUGAUGUCAAUAAAACCAUCAAACAGGAUUCCGAGAACAUAUCAGAAGAGUGGGCACCAUGGAACCUGGAGCUGUGCGCAAAAAGUCCGAACGCGCCUCCGCCCGUUAAUGUUAAAACCACUCCCGGACCCGCCUGGGACAUAGGACAGGUUCUAAAAGCAGCCCGCUUGCUUUGCAAGCCUCCAAGGAAUGUCGAGUUCACCGAUGAACAAGAAAUGCGAUGCGUAUAUUCUCUUAUCUAUGAUGUUUUCCGAUAUAAGUCCAUUUUGGAUCAAGCGAUUGAGGAUAUCGAUUUCUUUGGAGACUAUCCGCAGUUUUGUGAGCACCAGCACGUUACCUGGCUCUUUCUAAUGGAGUUAGCACGACGCAAGUGGCGCGCGCGUGGUCGCGACGACCUGGCACGCACGACCGCGCUGCUGCGCGACGCCGGCGCCCCUUUCCAAGACAUCGAGCACGCCGUCUGGGAUCAGAGGGUGCAUUUUGCAGCCGCCAUAGCAAGGAUACGAAUCAAGAACAAAGCGUACACACUGACGGACCUGCUGCCGCCGCACUUGCGCGAGGAGUGCGUGUCAGCCUGCGUCAACAAGAACACAGUGACCGGCUGGGUCAACACGUUCAAAGCCAAGAAAGUUCCAUUGCUUGUGAAGCGACUGCACGAGCUGGGGUACUCGUAUAGCAGCUCGCGACAGCUGUGCGCCGGAGAGUACAGAUUCGAUCGUGUUUGUCCCAGAUUUAUCACACUACGACCGCCUGAUAACGUAAGCAUUGGACAACUGGAUCUUGUUAAAAGUGGCAUCAUCGUACUACAGGAGCGUGAGUUUUGCGAGGGUGCAUCAACGCUAUGCCGCGCGCUCCGUGCGAACGCUCUCCGAGGCGUGGUGGUACAGACGCACGCGUGCUCGCCUCGGUGCUCCGCGUACCUAGCGGCGCAGCUACGCGAGCUGGCGGCCGCGCUGCAGGCCGGCACGCCGCCCGCACCCGCAACACCACAUCUCGGAAAACUUGUCGUCUUUGGGGCGGGCGACAAAGUGGGUAGCUACGUAAGCUCACUACGGGAACUGGGUAUCGAGGCGUCGGAGGCACCCCAGUCGGGCGCGCCGGUGUACGUGCUGAGCGAGCCCGUGCACGGCGAGUCCCCGGCCGUGGCCAGCGCGCUUGAUGGAGCCGUCGCCGCGCUCGCCACGCCACCCAACUCCUACUCCGCCGUCACUGACCCCAUCGACUUGGUGUGCGGUCGCGGAGGGGAUCUCGCUAUGCUCGAGAUCCUCACAGAAUCUCAAAUGGACGUAAAGGGCAAAGCACGAGUACAAUCAAUACUGGAAGAACAGAAGAAAACAUUAAAAACUCUUAUGUCAAAACCACAGAUCCAGCUGAUCCUGUACGAGACACACUCAGCUCUGGAGGCAGAGAACCAGGCGCAGGUGACGCGAGCCGUCGCGGAGGCCAACCGGCUGGCGCGCGAGCGGCACGCCCUACUCCGCAAGAAGCACAAGGACCACGUUGUAAAAAAGCCAAAGGAAGGAAUAGAAUUAUCAACGACAGAUUCUUCUGAAUCUAUAGAUCCGAUGCAAUCGGAUUUCAAUAAGAAUGAUUAUGAAGAAGGUUAUUCAAGUGAUGAUUUAGAUAAGGAACAAAAACAAGCGGGUUCUGCAGGUGCACCAAACAUUUUAACAAAGCAAACGGAUAACUCGCCUCCCAUGAGACCGGGGACAACUAACGCCAGGCCCAUACCAGAAGACAAUACCUCUGACUAUAUCGUACCGAGGGAUCCUGAUAAAGAUAGUCCUGAUGUUUACGUGCCAGACUGUGACUUAUUUGAAAUUCAGACAUUACCAGGAUUAGGGAACGGAUUGGACAUCAACUAUAUUCUAGAUAGAGAUGGCUGCUACCUCGGUCUCAUUCAAAGAAAGGAAAUAACCCGCCUCGACGCGAAAUACAUGAUCCGCGUGGCGGAAGAGCGCGGUCUGUUCGGCGGGUCGUCGGAAGCCACGCGGCGCAAGCGUGUGGAGACGCCCGCUGCGCCCCCGCGCCGCCGCCACCGCAAGCAGGCCGGCUUCGAGGUGGAGCGGGUAGCGGCGCCGACGUAUGCGUCCCUGGUGCGCGCGCGGCGACGUUGCUCCGCGCCCGCAGCGCAGCCAAUGCACGACGCGCACGACGCGCACGACGCGGGCGAGGUGGCGCGCGUGUGCUCGCGUCACGCGCGUCGCAUCGCCGCAGCCGCUAUAUACACAGAUACAGCAUGCUCGUGCGAUGCCAGACACAGGCCAAAGAAUCGUCUGCGUCGCGCCUCCGCCAACCUGCCGCUGCUGCAGACGGAGUCCCCGCCCUGCCGGCAACCCUUCCCCCUCGCCGUGCACGACCUCCGCCUCAACACCGUCAAGCGGAAACUUAUCGCAUCCUAAUAACCGUAUAACAUAUUGCUAUC